AUGAGGCCGCCUGCCGCCUCGGCGACUUCUGCGCCCAAGGGGAAGAAGCGGGUCAGCGACCGCUCCAUGGCCGCCUUGGAGGCGAAGGUGAAGAAGCAGCGCCGGCUGGGACCCAAGAAAGUUCCAGAGCAGGCCGGGCCUGCCAUCAAGUUCACCCAGGGCGGCAGCUCUCGGUCGGUUCCCCGCGUCGUGUCGCCGCUCCCGCGGCAGAGGAGGGAGCCGACACCGCAGCCUUCGGCGCGUGCGCGCACGCCGCCCCUCGUCGUCGUGCCGCCUGCGGCUACGCCGCCUUCCGCGGGGGCGUCUUCUUCAGCUGUACCUCUUUCUACAGCGCCUAGCCGCGGCGCUCAGGGUGAGCCUACACGCCGACCAACUCUUGAUGACCUCUUCCCGCGCCGCGCUCGAUUUCUGGAGCCUGCGACCGGAGUCGGCGGUGCCGCUCCCAGCGUCGUGGUGUUGGAGGAGAGCCCGAAGGGAGCGCAUCAGGCGCCGGAGACGGUGGCUCCCACCGGGCCGACCGCUUCGACUGCGCCGCCUCCAUCUUCGGAGCCGUCGAGGGAGAAGCCGGCUAGGAAGGAGCCGGCAAGAGAUGAGCCGGCGCGCUCGAGAGACGCCGGCUCCCGGGCGUUGGUGAGGACGGAGGGCCCAUCGGAGCCAUCUGAAGGCCUCCACGUGGCCAAGGGCGCCCAGCUGCUGAACGUGGCGUCCGCCUCCGACUCUAGCCUUGGGUCGGCUGGCACCAUGGAGAAGGCGUGGCACCAGGCGGACGCCUGCGAGGCCAGGGCCGCUGAGACCGCCGCCAACCUGGCCAAGCUGGAGGAAGCUGACAAGGUAGGUGUUUUUAUCUCGCUUUUUGCAAUUUUGUUGUUAUCCUGGUAG